AUGGACUCCAUUCAGUCGGUCGAGGCCGUGCUGGCUGAGUUUUUCCAAUGCACAGACGACACACGACGCAAACAACUGGAGAGUGGGCUGGUAGAGUCUAUGAGAGCACCCAAUGCCUAUAUUCGCUGCUGUCAGUUUCUGUCGCAGAGCCGAGACCAGCGUGUUGUGUACUACUGCUUGCUGGUGUUUGAGGAGGUGAUUCUGCGUCAGUGGCAGACACUGAACGCAGACAGUCGCCUGACUGUGCGGAGGUUUGUGCACGAGUAUCUCAGACAGAACUACACCACUCUUGCCAUAUCGCAACGGAACAAGAUAGUCAAG